AACGGAAGUCGGAUAUUCAACUAUUCUAUGUACCUAUCUAUGGACGCAUUUAUCGAGUGCUGUUAUGGUUGUCCUUAGUGAUGACUUACGCUGUCAAUGAGGAAACGAAAAUUCGAUAAAUUAAAUUAGUGUUUCCAAGUUACUCAUUGAGAAAAGACCUAUUCGUAUAAAAGGAUCAAAUGACUUAAAAAGUAGCUUUUGACAUGAUUUGCAAAAAUGGCACCACCAGAAAUGUUUUCCAUUGCGACAGUUCUAGUAUUACACGCAUGGAUAGCUGGUGUGAGCAGCACUUGUCCAGUAUCGCCACAGUCUAAUUGCAAGUGUUAUGACGAAUCCUGGGCGUUGACCCUUGGUGAUGGAUUUGCACACGCAACUAAACAACAAUGUAUGGGAUCUUUAGGGCAGAGUGAAGCAUUUGGAUCUCGAGACUCACUCUCGACAUGUAUAACUGUAUGUGCAGCAUCAGCUGCAGGUUGCAAAUCCGUCAAUUAUAAUUUCAAAUCAAAAAACUGCAUUGGAUGGCCAUCACAAGUCUGCGCAAUCGACACCAUCACCUACGACACUUUCGAAUAUUACUAUACACCAUCUGUGGGUAUUAAUACCAAUAUUGAAACAUACGUGGCACAUACUGUCGCUGAAAACACAUGUUAUUGGGUAUCAUCUGCCAGUGACGUUCGAAGCUACAGUGACGCCCAGGUUCAGUGUCAGAAUCUAGGGGGACAGUUAGCAGAGCUUAACACUGAAGACAAAGUGAUCUUUCUCAAACAUAACGCGCCAACAAAUAUUGGCGCAGCCGGAAAUAUGUGGAUUGGCCUAUCUAACGAUCCUAGUGUACACAGUGCACUUGCUUGGAACGAUGCUUCAUCUCCGGGAUAUCUAAACUGGGGAGUGAAUGAGCCUGGCUUGGCCAGUUAUUGUGUUAACAUCGACCAGGAUUUGUUAUGGUACGCAGCACCAUGUUCAUCACAGAUGCGCUACGUGUGUGAGCUUACAGAUAGCCAAUGCAGAAUGGGGUCGUUAACAAGCAACGACGUGUCUUCGGUCAACAAAGCAGCCCAAUCACUUAAUAAAUAUGACUGCCUGAACAAGUGCUUUUUGGAUAGUAACUGCCAGGUAGCUCAAUAUAGCCUCAUUUAUAUGACUUGCCAUUGGGCAUAUUUUGGAGCUCCUUUUACCUUAGGUGUAGGCAUGGCAGACGAAGUGCAGCUGAAAACCUGUCCGAUUGUUUCAACCGAUGCUCCGACGAGUAAUUCAACCUCUGCUUCAACAGAUGCUUCGACUACUGUUUCAACUGUUGUUUCAACCGUUUCGUCAACAUCUUCUUCAACGAAUGCUCCACCCAUUACUUCAACUGAUACUCCAACGGCUGCACCAACUAUUGCUUCAACUGUUGCUUCGACCGUUGUCUCGACUGUUUCUUCGUCACAUUCCUCAACGGAUGCUUCAACCAUUUCUUCAACCGUUGUUUCGCGGAUCAACUGUGUACAUAUGUUCAAUCAAGGGAGAGAUGCAUAUUUCAAUGUUCAAAAUGGCUUUAAACUUAUAGGACACGUCCUUCUCAGCAUGUCAAGUCAGAGCAAGAUGAACUGCUGCGUUUUUUGUCUACAGAAUGCUCUGUGCAUGUCCGUCAACUAUGAUAGUUCGAACAAGGUCUGUGAACUAUUGGAUAGUAGAGCAGAUGUAUCUGAUUUGACGGCAAGUGGCUCCGAUUGGUCCUUCGCCGCAUACGUGUGCAGUUAAACUUUAAGUUUAGGCAAUGUCCAGAUUAAAAUUUAUGACGCCAUCAAAUACGAUUGAAUAUGAGGACACUUGUGGAAUGAAUUCUGGACAAUAGUGAGCGGGGAUGAUCAAAUCACAAAACUUGCAAUUUAAAAACAUGUUUUCAUUCUGAGAGGUCGUUAACCUAUAUAAUUUGACUCGAGCGAACAACUGUAAAAGGCGAUUAGGGAUGUGAUUCAUACAGCGACUUAGCCUCGUAAUACCCAUUCUGAGUUAUAAGGAUAUGUGACAGUAACUUGUUCAAACAACUAGACUUUGGUACAAACCUUUUUAUUUUUCUCUCAAAUCAUUUAACAUGGAUAUUGUGAAUGCCAUAAGUUUUAAAAACUUCUUAGUGCGUGCUCUCCUUAAACUUAAAAAGAUGAUUAAAGUGUUAUCAAAAUCUAUGUUGAUAAUACACAGGUUACACAGUUACUUGUCAUUUUAUAUAAAUGUUGGUUUAAGUCAGCGAUUUCUUGUUUUCAAAAAGUUAACUGCUUUUCUAAUCAGUUUCAGUCAUGACAGAGAAUAUCUUUCAUAUCUUUUCAGAGAAUAUAUUGUAUCUCAUACUUGAGUGGGUUUGGGGAAGAUAUCACCCGGGAAUAUACAUCAUAUUUGAAAGGCGGGCAGGAUAUAUUGUAUAUGUCCCGCUCCAGGCCAAAUGCGGGCAGACAUAAUAUAUCCAUCCCGCUCGCGGGA